GGCAUAUAUAUAUAAAUAACCCCUUGCGCACCUACCACCUGUUUAGCUCGAAGUGCUAAAAACCAGUACGAGCAUUAAACAGGAAGGGGCGGAGCUCCAACGGCUGCCGGGACCAGGGCGCCGCUGGGGAGGAAGCUGCGGCAGCGGGAGGCGCAGGUCAGUCCCGCGGCCCGUUAGCCGCCCCGCUACGCCCCUCGCCGUCCCGGCCGCGGGUCGGAGGUCUGCAAUCCCGGGGUGACCCUCGGCUCUAUGCACUGGGGGAGCGGCGACACCAGAUUCAUGGCCACCGCGGCGGCUCCGUCUUCCUUGGCCCUCAGCGCCGCCAGCAGGGCCGGGGCCCCCAGCUCCUACGGAGUCUUCUGCAAAGGGCUCUCCCGCACCCUGCUCGCCUUCUUCGAGCUGGCCUGGCAGCUUCGAAUGAACUUCCCGUAUUUCUACGUCGCGGGCUCGGUGAUCCUCAACAUCCGCUUGCAGGUACACAUCUAGUGCCGCGAUUACGCUGCCGCCAUCCCGGCCAGGACAUGGCGGACUCCCAGGAGGCCUGGCGGCGGCGGAAGAAAGCUGCGAGCUCGGAGCUCUGGAGUCUCGCGAGAGGCGCGAGCGCUCUGUGCGGCUGCGCUCUUCGUUCCUAGCGGGGCUUCGCGGGCCGGGGCGGAAAGCGGGUGGCGGCUGGAGAGAGGGCUGGAGAGAGGAAGUGCGCGCUUUUCCUGGAUGGCAAAGAACUUCCGUUAAGGCCUACGACAAUAUUUAAGAAGCUUUGCAUCCUAAAAAGCAGGGCGAACGUGGUGCAUUGGAAACAAGGGCGGCUACUGAAGUUUUCAGAAAAAAGUAUUUUUUAAUGUACAGGCUCACGGUCCAAAUUAAAACAAAUUUCGGGAAGGUGGGAUUGGAUUGUUACCAAGACACUGAAUGACUACGAAGCUGACGAUCUUAAAGAUAUACGUGGAAGGCAGAUAUAUUCAACAAGAGAAAAACAAUGACAAUCUGAAAUCUUCAAUGAAAAAAAGCACAACUGUACAGGAAAAGCAUCCUUCUAAUAUCAAACAAUGCAAAAUGCUGGACUUUGAACAGAGGGUUGGAGUUUUAGAAUAUGGACUCUAUUUCAGUGUCCCUGUAGUUCAAGACCUUGGAGCCAAAGAAAAGGAAAUCCAGUCAUACAGAGCACUGCCCUUGGCUACUUUGCGAAUAACCUUUACAUAAUCAUAAUAAUGAAUGUAUAUGAUGUUUAUGGUUUUUAUCUUUUGAGAGGAUACGUAAUUAUGGUUAAGGUAGAAUGCAAAUGUUAACAGCUUUGGUAAUGGAAAAGUACAGUUUUCAAGUAGGGUUGUUGAAAGGGGAGGAGGGAAGGUAUAUGGAAUGCUAAUGGUGUCCUUAUAAAGUAGGAAGUUUAGAGAUGCGGUCUGUAGUUGACGUGGAAAAGAAGCAUUUGAUUAUUUCAAGAGUAAAUAGCAUAAAGAGUAUGCCAUAAAGAUGCUAAAGUCGUAAUAUAACUAUAUUAAAGAGGAUGGGAGUAGGGGAGAAUGGCUUGAAUUCAAGAAGAAAUGCCUAAAGAUAGAAACUUAGUUGGAAUGUCUCAAAACAAACAAACAAAAAACCAGAGUACCAGAUGUGUUUGAAUAUAAAGACAAGAGAUUUAGUUUUUCAGCACCUGGGGAUGAAUUCAUGAUCUGAGGAAUUUUUUAAAAUUAAAGAAACUUAAGGAAAA